AUGUCCGCUAAGUCAAUCUUCGAAGCCGAUGGCAAGGCCAUUCUCAACUACCACCUCACUCGUGCCCCCGUCAUCAAGCCGACUCCUCUUCCUCCUGCCACUACCCACAACCCCCCUCCCAGACUCGCCUCUCUGUACUUCCCCGACGACCUUGCCGUAAAGGACGUUCUCGACCAGGCUGAGGUCACAUACCCAUGGCUGUUGGUGCCCGGAUCCAAGUUCGUGGCUAAACCAGAUCAAUUGAUCAAGCGACGAGGCAAGAGCGGUCUCCUCGCUCUGAACAAGACCUGGGCUGAGGCGCGGGAGUGGAUUGAGAGCCGUGCUGCAAAGGAAGUCCAGGUCGAGUCCGUUGUCGGUGUGCUCCGCCAUUUCCUUGUCGAGCCCUUCGUUCCUCACGCCCAAGAGACCGAAUACUACAUCAACAUCCACUCCGUGCGCGAGGGUGACUGGAUCCUCUUCACUCAUGAGGGUGGUGUCGACGUUGGUGACGUCGAUGCUAAGGCUGAGAAGCUUCUCAUUCCCGUCAACCUUAAAAACUACCCCUCGAACGAGGAAAUCGCUUCCACACUCCUGAGCAAGGUCCCCACAGGCGUCCACAACGUGCUCGUAGACUUCAUCUCCCGUCUCUACGCCGUCUACGUCGACUGCCAGUUCACCUACCUCGAAAUCAACCCCCUGGUCGUCAUCCCCAACGCCGAUGCUACCUCCGCAGACGUUCACUUCCUGGACUUGGCCGCGAAGCUCGACCAGACCGCUGAGUUCGAGUGCGGUACCAAGUGGGCUGUCGCUCGUAGCCCUGCCAACCUCGGUAUUGCUGCCCUUCCCACAUCCGACAAGGUCAACAUCGAUGCUGGCCCACCUAUGGAUUUCCCUGCUCCUUUCGGUCGUGAGCUGAGCAAGGAGGAGAAGUUCAUUUCGGACAUGGAUGCGAAAACCGGUGCCUCUCUCAAGCUCACUGUCCUCAACGCCAGCGGCCGUGUCUGGACACUUGUCGCUGGUGGUGGUGCCUCGGUUGUCUACGCCGACGCCAUUGCCUCUGCUGGUUUCGUCAGCGAGCUCGCCAACUACGGUGAAUACUCCGGUGCCCCCACCGAGACACAGACCUUCAACUACGCCCGCACUGUCCUCGAUCUGAUGCUGCGCGCCCCCAUUCACCCCGAAGGAAAAGUUCUUUUCAUCGGUGGUGGUAUCGCCAACUUCACCAACGUCGCCUCCACCUUCAAGGGAGUCAUCCGCGCUCUGCGCGAGGUUGCGCCUGUCCUCAACGAGCACAAGGUCCAGAUCUGGGUCCGUCGCGCCGGUCCCAACUACCAGGAGGGUCUAAAGAACAUCAAGGCCGUCGGCGAGGAGCUCGGCCUGAACAUGCACGUCUACGGCCCUGAAAUGCACGUCAGCGGUAUCGUUCCUCUCGCCCUCCUGGGCAAGCAAACUGAUGUCAAGGAGUUUGGUACUGCGUAA